UAGUUGAGAGACUUGAGGUUGCGCUUAGGCAAUGAUGAAACUAAGAUGGCGUUUAAACCCAGACAGGAUGAACGGGGGAUAGCGAAAUUGGUCACAAAUUGAUUUGAUGGGGACAUCAUUCUCACAGAGAUACUCGUUUACAAGCAAAUUAGUCUUCAAAGUGGACCAUCUUUACACUUAUAAUCAAACAGAAGUGGGUAUAUGGGGGAAGCGACGCUGAAAACGGGCAACUUUACGUGAGCUAUCUGGACCUUGCUUGCUAGCUAACGUUAGCUCGUAACAUUACUAGCUACAGUAGCUAGCUAACCAGCGACAGCUAGCUAACGUAGGUAACGUUAGCCAGCCGAGCUAAACAACAACAACACUGUCAACAGGGAGGAGGGUAGUCUCAGGAGAAAUAAUUGUCUACGGGAUUGUCCGGAGUAUUUUGAUUCAAAAUAAAACAAUUCAUAUCUGUCUUGGGACAGGUACGAAACAGAGAAGGAACCAAUAUUUCCAGUGAAACUUCCACGCCAAUUCGCAGUGCUACCCGAGACCGGAGGUGCUGCCUGGGAUGGGCUGAAAAGUGGAGGCCGUAACGUUAGCUUCAGCCACAGUAAUCGUGACCCAGUGCUGAACAAUAGACCCCGUGAGCUUUCAAGACACCUACACGGCCCAUCAUAUUAUUGGUGACACCUGAGUCCAUAAUUUCCUCUGAUCACGUUGAACGUGUCAGGCAGAGUUGCUGUCCAAGUGCCAGCUAACGUUAUCUAACAUGGCGAUGGAGGGGGAAGACUUUGUGCCUCCUCCGGAGUGCCCAGUUUUCGAGCCGUCAUGGGAGGAGUUUCAGGAUCCCCUGGGCUACAUUGCCAAGAUCCGUCCAAUUGCAGAGAAGUCUGGAAUCUGCAAGAUUCGUCCUCCUGCUGACUGGCAGCCACCCUUUGCUGUGGAGGUGGAUAGCUUCCGCUUCACACCCCGUAUACAGAGACUUAAUGAGCUGGAGGCGGAGACACGAGUCAAGCUAAACUACUUGGACCGGAUCGCCAAGUUCUGGGAGAUCCAGGGAUCCUCUCUCAAGAUCCCAAACAUCGAGAGGCGCAUCCUGGACCUCUUCAGCCUGUCCAAGGUUGUGAUAGAGGAGGGAGGGUUUGAUAUAGUCAGUAAGGAGAGGCGCUGGGCUCGCGUGGCCCAGAAGCUUGGCUACCCUCCAGGCAAGAACAUUGGCUCCCUCCUGCGCUCACACUACGAGAGGAUUGUCUACCCCUUUGAGGUGUUCCACACUGGUGCCAGCCUGCCGCAGACUAAGCCAAAGCUAUAUGAUGGAGAGGAGGUGCAUAGAGAAUACAAGCCCCACUCCAUCCCCCUACGCCAGUCUGUCCAGCCCUCCAAGACGAGCAGCUACGGACGCAGAGCCAAUCGUCUCCAGCCAGACGGUCCAGAGGAUUCUGCCCCCCACCCUCUCUCCACUGGCUCUCAACACAUCUCUACAUCGCCUGAUCCCACAGAGGAGGACAUAGAGAAGAACCCAGAGCUGAAGAAACUACAGAUUUAUGGUGCAGGGCCUAAGAUGAUGGGGCUAGGACUGGUGCCCAGGAAUAAGAGCAUUCCCAAGAAAGAAGAGCUGCCUCAGACUGUGACUGUCCGGGCUGCAGCCCCUGCUGUCCAGGUCAAGGAUCAGCCAGGGGAGGUCAAAGAGAAAGGAGGAGAUGGCAGCACAACCACAACGGCUCCUCCUCCCUCUGAUGCCACGAUAAAGAGUGAGGUGAAGAAAGAGGAAGAGAAACAUGAAGGUGGAGAAGCUCAUGACAACGGGGACCAAGACGGUGGUGAAAACGGUGACGGGCCCUGCACCAAGAUGACCAUGAGGCUGAGACGUAACCUCGGCAACCCUCAGUUUGUGGAUUCGUUUGUGUGCCGGAUGUGUGGCCGUGGCGACGAGGAUGAGAAGCUCCUGCUGUGUGACGGUUGUGAUGACAACUACCACACCUUCUGUCUGCUGCCCCCUCUCACUGAGGCCCCCAAGGGCAACUGGCGCUGCCCAAAAUGUGUGGCCGAGGAGUGUAAGAGGCCAGCGGAGGCCUUUGGUUUUGAGCAGGCUACUAGAGAAUACACCCUGCAGAGUUUUGGGGAGAUGGCUGACACCUUCAAAGCAGACUACUUCAACAUGCCUGUCCAUAUGGUUCCGACAGAGCUGGUGGAGAGAGAGUUCUGGCGCUUGGUCAGUAGUAUAGAGGAGGACGUGACAGUGGAGUAUGGAGCAGACAUCCACUCGAAAGAUUUUGGCAGUGGAUUCCCCAUGAACAACGGCAUGAAGAACCUCUCACAAGAGGAAGCGGACUAUGCCCGGAGUGGCUGGAACCUGAACGUGAUGCCAGUUCUGGAGCAGUCCCUGCUGUGCCACAUCAACGCAGACAUCUCUGGCAUGAAGGUGCCCUGGCUCUACGUGGGCAUGGUCUUCUCCGCUUUCUGCUGGCACAUUGAAGACCACUGGAGCUACUCCAUCAACUACCUGCACUGGGGUGAGCCUAAGACGUGGUACGGGGUUCCCUCUGUAGCAGCAGAGCGGUUAGAGGAGGUGAUGAAGAAGCUGACCCCAGAGCUGUUUGAAUUCCAGCCUGACCUCCUCCACCAGCUGGUCACUAUUAUGAACCCCAACAUCCUCAUGGCUCACGGGGUCCCGGUUGUGCGCACCAACCAAUGUGCUGGCGAGUUUGUCAUCACUUUCCCCAGAGCUUACCACAGCGGCUUCAAUCAGGGAUACAACUUUGCUGAAGCUGUCAACUUUUGCACUGCAGACUGGCUGCCCGCAGGGCGCUCCUGUAUCGAGCACUACCGUCGUCUGCGACGGUACUGUGUGUUCUCCCAUGAGGAGCUGACCUGUAAGAUGGCCGCCUGCCCAGAGAAGCUAGACCUCAACCUGGCCGCUGCCACGCACAGAGAGAUGUUCAGCAUCGUCCAGGAGGAGAGGGAGCUACGCAAGGGCUUGCUGGAGAGGGGCAUCACAGAGGCUGAGAGGGAGGCGUUUGAGCUGCUACCUGAUGAUGAGAGGCAGUGUGAUAAUUGCAAGACCACCUGCUUCCUGUCGGCCCUGGCCUGCUCAAACUGCACUGAACGCCUCGUCUGUCUCUACCACACUCAGGACCUCUGUAACUGCCCCACAGACAAACUCUACCUCAGGUACAGGUACACACUGGAUGAGCUGCUGGCCAUGCUACACCGGCUCAAAGUGCGAGCCGAGUCGUUUGAUUCCUGGGCCAACAGAGUGAAAGAGGCUCUGGAGCAGGAAGAGGGCAACAAGACAGGCGUCACGGAUCUGGAGGUGCUGAAGGCAGAGGCAGCAGAGAAGAAGUUCCCUGACAACGAGCUGCUCCAGAGACUCAACACUGCCCUGACUGACACACAGCACUGUCAGCAGACCAGCACUGAGCUCCUCAACAAGACACUGACCAGGAGGAUGACCCUGGCUGAACUCAAGGCUCUAGUGGAGAAGAUGGAGAACCUGCCCUGUGUGAUAAGCCAGCUGGAGGACGUACAGGCGGUCCUGCGUACGAUAGAGGGAUUCCAGACUCAGGCCCAGGCUCUAGUGAGCGACAGGGACUGGCGGCGAGACGCCCCUCCCCCAGAGCAGCUCCAGGCACUGUUGGAGCAGGGGGCUGGCUUACCUGUCGAUGCCCCUGAGUGUGAGCUCCUGAAGGGGAUGCAGGAGCAGAGCCGCUGGCUAGGCGAGGUGCGCCGGACCAUGGGGCCCGAGGGGAGUGAGGUGACCCUGGUGGUCCUCAGGAACCUGAUGGAGGCGGGCUGCAUCGUGCCCCAGAGCGUCUCUGUGGAAACCGCCAUGGCAGAGCUGCAGGAGCUGCUGACGAUAGCAGAACGCUGGGAGGAGAAGGCCCAGAUCUGUUUGGAGCAACGGCAGAAGCACCCUCUGUCCACCUUGGAGGCCAUAGUGAACGAGGCCCAGCUCAUCCCAGUCAAGCUGCCCAACAUCCUGUCUCUCCGGGGCUGUCUGAGCCGGGCCAGGGCCUGGGUCACUGACCUGGAGGAGAUCCAGAAUGGGGAGCACUACCCGUGUCUGGAUGACCUGGAGGGCCUGGUGGCGAUAGGUAGAGACCUGCCAGUCAGGAUGGAGGAGCUGAGGCAGCUGGAGCUGCAGGUAGCCAGCGCCCACUCCUGGAGAGACAAGGCCUCCAAGACCUUCCUGAAGAAGAGCAGCCAGCACAGCCUGCUACAGGUGUUGUGUCCGUGCGUGGAGAAGCGUAAAGCGAGGGGAGCGGAGACGAGUUGUUUAGAUGACACCGAUACCAACACUCUGGGCCUUUCUGCUCAGGACCUGAGAGACCCUGGAGCCAUUGUGACGGCGUUUAAAGAAGGAGAGCACCAGGAGAAAGGGGCUCUGCUGAGGCUCCAGCAGGUCAACCUGUCUAAACCAGGUGUGGAGAAGAAAGCAGAGAAAGAGGUAAAGACUGAGCAGGAGGACAAGGAGAACGGAGGUGGGAGGUGGGGGGAGGACACCAUGGAGCUGGACACAGCUCUCCACUCUGAGAACUGUGGAAAGGGGAACGGGGACAGUAACCACACAACGACAGGCAGUGCCUCUCCUCAGUCAGUGUGUGUGUGUGGCCGGGCGCCUCGCCCCCCUCUGCUGCGCUGCCACCUGUGUAAAGACUGGUUCCACGGUGGGUGUGUCCCGUUCCCCUCCCUCCUGCUCCCCUCCUCAGCGCCCCCCACCAACCCCCUCUGCUGGUGGGACUGGGACUCACGCUUCCUGUGCCCCCGGUGCCAGCGCUCGCGGCGCCCGCGUCUGGAGACCAUCCUGGCCCUGCUGGUGGCGCUCCAGAGGCUGCCCGUCCGUCUGCCAGAGGGAGAGGCUCUGCAGUGUCUCACAGAGAGGGCCAUCACCUGGCAGGGGCGCGCCAAGGAGGCACUGGACACCCCAGAGAUACAGGGGGCACUAGAGAGGCUGCAGGAGCUUAAACAGAACCAGCCUCACAGGGAGGGAGAGGAGGACAGGAAGAAAGGGAACUCUGAGUCGGUGAUAGUGCUGUCGGAUUCGGAGGGAGGGGAGGGAGAGGGAGUGAUAGACCUCACAGAGGAGAACUCUCCCAAGAAGACCCUAAAGAAAGAGAUGAACGGUGGCACGCAGGCUGAAUGUGAAAACGGCGUAAGCCGUUACAAUGUAACAGGUGUGGGCUCUCUGUUGCCGCUGGUCCCUUCACUAAAAGGCCCAGUGAUAGAGCUGUCCCUGACCACCAGGACCCAGCUAGAGGAGUUACAGCUGGAGGGAGACCUGCUGGAGGUGUCUCUGGACCAGACCAGCAUCAUCCACAGGGUCCUCCAGGCUGCUUCAGAGCCACAGAGACACACACUCCAAACACUCAUACUGAUUGAGCUCCAGGAGCAGAAAGGAGCGGGCCGUGGGGGGCGGGCCAAGGACAAGAGGAAGAGGAAGAGCCAGAGGGGCGACACAGGGGCGGAGGGAGGACCCCAGUCCCAGGACACCUCAGAGUCCAAGAAGACCCGGCCCCUCAACCACACUCCCUCCCACAUUCCCAUCCAGACACACCCUGAGAUCUUAUGAUAUGGUUAUGGAUGCAACACUGGAGAAAGGAAUGGUCAGACGUUUGGACAUAAUAGAAUGGACAGAUCACUCUGGGCCGAAAGACAGCGUCAAACUGUAGAAGGAAAGAUGCAGGCCAUCCCCAACCGUCUACAGCUCCCCCUCCCCGUCUACAGCUCCCCCUCCCCGUCUACAGCUCCCCCCACCCGUCUACAGCUCCCCCCCACCCGUCUACAGCUCCCCCCCACCCGUCUACAGCUCCCCCUCCCCGUCUACAGCUCCCCCGUCUAUCCCAUCUUCUUAAACACUAACACAGUGAUUCUCUCUUUCUGAGCUCCUACAUCUAGAUUCUAUACUCCUGUCUAAUUCUCCUGCCCUCCCACUCUAUUCUGAUCUUUCUCUUCUGCCCUGUACUUUACACCCCCCCCCUCUGUCUGUCUUUCGCUAUCUACCUCCCUCCAUCCUCCCAGUGAACGUGAACGGAGUGUGUGAGCUGGCUUCGUCAUUGGAGAGUCUCUUGGUCUUAAUUAGGGAUCCAGGUCAGUCAGUCGGUAUGCUAUGUGUUUUCAGCUCUAUUAAAUGCUAGUUUGGAACAAGCCUCAGACAGACAGACAGACACAGUGGUCCGGUUAAGUUGACCCACACAUACCCACUUACUGAAGUAGAAAUGAAUGAUAUUGAUUUAUUUUUCUGGGGUUUUUGGGCAUGAAGCUUACUUACAGCUGAAGUUCAGUACAGUGGAAGGUUGUGAAUCACAGCAGAUCAUAGGUGUCGAUGGUCACCGUGGUAACACUUGUAUUUUUUUGUAUUUUAUCUUGUUUGUUGAUGCUGGGUUGUCAGAGGGGAUUUUGCAUUUUGAAUAAAAACCCAUUUGGAUAUUUUGGGAAUGUUUUUUGGUGCUACUUUCCCAAAAUAGGUAUCUCUUUCAUUCUCUCACUUUUACUUGCUCUUGCUCUCUUUCACUACUCUCUCUUUCAUUAGUUUGGAUCCCCUCAGAUUUAUCCUUUUAUUCUGUCCUGUUUUUCAGUCUCAUAUUUCUUCCCGCUCCCUCCCUUUCUCUCUCCCUUCCAAACUAAAGUAACACUUCACUUUAUCACAAUUUACUUUUUCUCCUCUUGGUUAAAAUAAUAAUUAUUGGUAUUGAUAUUGCAGACACACAGUUGUCGUGCGUUUGUGUAUAAACUUUUCAUUUCAAUGUUGCCUUUUGUUUCUUUUCACUCUUGUUAGAAAAUAAAAGUUUAGAAUUGUUUUAGGAA